AGGUGGCCAAGGAAAGAGAGAAGAAGACCAGGAAAAGAGAGCACAAAUGAAACCUGCAGGCGAGCUGAAGGCUGAGAUCGAUUUUUCUCAAGAGAAGGGAAUGGUCUCGGACGACCUGUUCGCUCCACCUGGAAUGGCUAUGAAGGUGGACAUUGAGAAUGGCGCUAAAAAGGCCAACGAAGCCGACGAUAUGACCCAGUCAAAAGCGUUCUCUUACCCCAUGGGACUGGGAGGCGUCUUGAUGAACGGUUGUUUCGGGACAGGAUAUGUUAAAGGAGAUCCGUGCUACAAACGGACAAACCCCAUACCCCCAUGUCCAAAAAUGAUGGAGGGGUGUACCUUAAUCGGGUCCGGCUUCGAUGGUCGCGGGGAAUACAGCAGCGCGUCCAGGAGGAAAUCUGUCGUGCAGCGGUACUGUAGAGAUAUGAGGAAAUAUCACGGUGAGGACGUGCCAGACACCAUGAGCGUUCACGGCAUCUAUGAUACAGAGGUCACCUCCUAUGUUUUCGAGUCGAGAGAGGCUUAUCGUAAUUCUCUUCAGCAGAAGGCCGGCGUCUCUUUUUCUGGAUGGGGCUUCCAGGCUUCCGUGGAAGCAGCAUGGGGCGGGUCCUCCUCAUCCCAGAAACAGUCAUUCAUGUCCCUCAUAGAGUGUGAUAUUAUCAGGUACGAAAUCUUCCUUGACAAAAUUUCGCCUGAUACUCUGAACCUUGCUUUUCUGCGGGAUUUCCUGUCCCUUCCCAAGAAUUUCAUCCAGGGAAAAGCGAAACUACAGGAUUUCAUUAUCCGCUAUGGAACUCAUUUCAUCAAAUCAGCCAAGUUCGGCGGUUCACUCAGGCUGUUCAAGACCCAAGAAGCAUCAAAGAGUGAAAGUCUCGAGUCCUUUGCUGUUGCGGCCCAGGCGUCUUACAACGGCAUGUUUGCUGCGGGUGGUCACUACGGUAGAAAGGAAUCCAGCGCGAGCUCCUCGUCUUCCAAGGAGUCCAGCACCCAUUUGAUGGUUGAAGGAGGUGAGCAACAAGUUGCGUCCAUGGUAGCAGACUUCUACACAACUAACUUCAAGGGAACCUUCAAAGAGUGGCUGAAGUCCGUCCCCACCUACCCCAAAUCUAUCCAGAUGUUCAUGGGCACCAUGUCAGAACUGCUGAACCUGAACUACAAACUUCUCUUCCCUUUUGACAUCUCAGAUGCUGCAGAUGGCUGCUUUAGUGAGAAUUUGUUGACCGAGGAAGGAACAGGAAGAAAGUUCUACGAAGUCUCGAAAGUUAUCAUCUUUGAUCUUCCCGAGGACAUUAACCGUGACAUUAAGAGCGACACUGAAGCCUACGUGGUUUAUGCAGAGAACAGGUGGAACUGCCAUGAACCUGGGACAUCUCUUCACGUGUACAACAGUCAUAAAAACGGAGGGAGUGGCGACACUGAUAACAAGAAGGUCUCCUGCUUUGGUUUUGUGAUGACGUACAAUGAAGAUACCGGCAAGUUUUCUGUAACACGUGAAGAUCAGACAGCUUCCUCUACGUUGCUGGGAAAUUUAGGCCGCAACUACGUAAACUCGGUUGUUGGCAGAGCGGAGUACAUCAGUCCUCUGGAGCACUCACAGAGCAAUAGCGGUGCAUUGGCGAGUAUCGUUGAGGCUCCCUGCUCUGUGAAGUGGUCCAACUCGUACCAAAUCAAACCCGCGGAGGAGGGAGGGAGGUGCCUGUACUUCGUUGCGGCGUCAAAGGGAGACAUUUUUGUGGUCUUCUCCUCCAUCCCGAGGGACUUGACCACCUGGUACCAUCUUCAGAUCAGUUUUCAAGGCGUCGCACUCUACAAGGGUAUGAAGCUGGUUAAAUACGAGGGAGCGAAAAGCGCGAGAAGUCUCGGCGAUUCCACAUUGUUUCAGCCAUACUUUAUUUGUAUGGAGGAAGACAUGGAGGAACAACGAACCUACGUCAAAUACGGCAUUGGGUCAGAUGAUUCCGAAAAAGGUUUGGUCUACAUGGUCUACCUGGAUGACAGUCCGCCAUUGGGAAUUCGCUUCUACUCCUUUGGCAGUGGGGAAGCAGACGUUGAAGUCAUGGACGCCCGAGUCAUCGAAGGAGGUGCAACAGGAGAAAUGGAAUGUGCAGGGGGGACUAUCUUGCAGGACGGCAUGUGCGUGGAAAACUGCCACCCAGAAUGUAACGGAUGUAUUCCAAAGUCGCCUGGAUCGAAGCUCGACACUGAAUGUCGCCUGUGUAGGCACUUCUCCGUCCGCAAUGAGGAUGGAGUGGCACAGUGCGUGGGAGAAUGCCCAGCCGACAUGGAAGUAGCUCCCAAUGGUGUGACGUGCGUGUGUAGCAACUUUGUCCUCCCCAAUGAUGACGGGACUACCGAAUGCGUCGACCAGUGCCCACCUGAUAGCACUGUGGCCUCCGAUGGCGUGACUUGCGAACCUAGCGACAUAGAAAGGGAGUGGAGAUCUGACGGCAGAUGUGGGCCCGACUUCCCUGCAGCAGCAGCCGACCCAGGGGAGUGUGAUCCGAAUUCAGACGCCCCCUGUUGUUCCUCCGAAGGUUAUUGUGGAAGUACUGAUAACCACUGCACCUGUAGCGGCUGUAAGGAUUAUCGACCAAAAUGGAGGAAUGACUGGAAAUGUGGCCCAAACUUUCCGGCUCCAGGAGCGAAUCCUGGCCAGUGUGAUCCGAAUGGAAGCGGCCCGUGUUGUUCCUCCGGUGGUUGGUGUGGAAGUACUGCGGAUCACUGCACCUGUAGCGGCUGUAUUGAUUAUCGACCAAAAUGGAGGAGUGACUCUAGAUGUGGCCCCAGCUAUCCGGCACCAGGAGCCAACCCCGGCCAGUGUAACCCGGAUUCAGACCGCCCCUGUUGUUCCACCAGUGGUUGGUGUGGAAAUACUGCGGCUCACUGCACCUGUAGCGGCUGUAUUAAUUAUGGACCACGCCAAGAAAAAUGGAGGAGUGACUCUAGAUGUGGCUCCAGCUAUCCGGCACCAGGAGCCAACCCCGGCCAGUGUAACCCGGAUUCAAACCACCCCUGUUGUUCCUCCGGUGGUUGGUGUGGAAAUACUGCGGCUCACUGCACCUGUAGCGGCUGUAUUGAUUAUCGACCAAAAAAAUGGAGGAGUGACUCUAGAUGUGGCUCCAGCUAUCCGGCACCAGGAGCCAACCCCGGCCAGUGUAACCCGAAUGGAAACCACCCCUGUUGUUCCACCGGUGGUUGGUGUGGAAAUACUGCGGCUCACUGCACCUGUAGCGGCUGUAUUGAUUAUCGACCAAAAAAAUGGAGGGAUGACUGGAAAUGUGGCCCCAACUUUCCGGCUCCAGGAGCCAACCCCGGCCAGUGUAACCCGAAUGGAAGCGGCCCCUGUUGUUCCUCCGGUGGUUGGUGUGGAAGUACUUCGGCUCACUGCUACUGUAGCGGCUGUAUUGACUAUCGGUCAGGUCGAAAGUAAAGGGAUGACCUUAACGAACGUUCAUUUUGACUGAAACAGGCGUAUUGAAGACGGAAAGGCCAUUAACUGAAGUUUGUUUUUAUCUUGUGUAUUUGUUUUUAUGUAGCUCAAAUGUGUUACAGUACCCAUACCUUGUUGUUUC